UUUAAUGGCAAAUACUUAUCUUAGAAACGCACAGAAAUGCCCCUUUUUAGAAAAUGUGUGCUUGAAAUUUAAUGUGCUAUUAGAUAUUAUGACUUAAACUGUUUUUAUAUUUAUUUUUAUUCCUUUUAAAGGGGCGUGUUCAAAAUAAUGCACUGCACAAACUGAAUCUCAAGAAAGUAAAAAGACUCUUGUUUUUAAGAAGAAUUCUCUAAUUUCAUGUUUUGCAAGUAAAAUAAUUUAAUCAAGAAAUUGUUUUAAUUACAAAGUAUCGGUAAUCUUAGUUUACGAAAACCCCUCAGCGAUUAACAUUUGUUUUCUUAAAAUUCUUGGAAAAAACAUUUCUCGUCCCCCACUAACAUUUUUUUGUACUUAUUUAAAGAAAAGAAAAAAUCGAAUUUUAAGAAUUAUCGUCUCAUUUCAACAGGCCCUGUUUUUGCAAAGUACAUGGGGUUUAUGAACACAAAUUAUGGUUUUAUCUCAAGAUAACAACAAAAACAAUCAUGUUGACUAUUGAAAUUCCAAAACAACUCAUUAAAACUCAUCUUGAGUCUGAUCUCUUAGGUUUUUUUUUUUAUAUCAGACAUGGUUGUGUUUUUUCAUAUACUUGACGUGUUUCGACGGACGUCAGGUAUGCGAAAAAACACAGCUGUGUCUGAAAUAAAAGAAGUUUAGAAAUCAAUCAACAAUACAGACACUAGGAACUUUAUUGAACUCAUCUUAAGUCUGCUUCAAGACAACUAUGAAGAGUAAAGUAAAUAGUUGUCUAACAGGAAACAUAACAAUUGUCGUCUACAGGAAAAAGUCUGAUGAAAUUCCUUGAGCAUUUUCUGGGAACUCUGCAAGAUCAGAAAAUAGAUUAAGAUUCUCCUAUGCCCUCCAAUGACGUAUGUAGUUCUUUAAAUUGUCCUUUUGUGCAGUGUUCAUCUCUCUGUCUGGUUCAUCACCUUUACAGAUGCUGAAGAACCUGACAAAAGACCUGAGGUUCUGGUGUUCUCCAGGAGGAAUAUAUCAAACCUUUUAGUCACAUUGAGAUCCCAUCUGAAGUCAGGUAGCAGCCAUGUCCAGGCUGCUGCAGGAAGGGUUGAAAGGCGUAAUCAACACUGUGAACGACCAAUUUUCUGCCCCUUUUGCCCCCCAGAUGAUGACAGGAAUGCAGAAUUGUUCCCCGGUAAAAAAUGUUCCAGUGUUUAAUACCAACUGUCAACCUUACCAGAACUCCUGCAACAUGUAUCAACCUUACCCUACUACCACCUACAUCCAGGUGCCAGUUCCAAAUGCAGCACCUCCUUAUCCACAUCCUUAUCCUUAUCCAGUUCCAAAUGCAGCACCUCCUUAUCCCUAUCCUCCUCCUGCUUGUCCUCCUCCGUAUUCAUACCCUGUUGUACAAUAUACAUACAAACCUCCUGCACCUGUAGCUGUUUUUGGAACUAAGGCUGUGAGUCCUCCUGCAGUUCAGCCCACAGUACUCGAACCAGUGCCUAAAAGCAGGCAUUGCAGCCAGGCUUGUGUUCCUGCUGCAAAGGCUCCUGGGGCCGGAGAGCAGACCAAAGGAGAAGCAGCAGAAGAGGAAAAUGGAAACGUGCUGCUUUCCAUUUCCUCAGGCGUGCAGCUUUUCAUUGUGGAUGCUAAAGGCCAGGUCAGCUCUCCGUCUUCUCCAGGAUACCUUCGCAUCAUCAUCAUCAGCAAUCAGCAGCAAGACUCCACUGAUACAAACCCUUUGGUUUUGUUAGAUGUGUGUGACCUGUUGUACCCACUGACAAAAGACACUCCGGUGCUGCUGGCGACCUCUGGGAUCUUCAUGUUUCCUGACUCAGAGAUCCCAGAGUCUUUUGUAGGUAUUGUGCUGUCCUCUCAACUGCCUGCUGCUGAGCACGAGUUAUUCAAGGAGCUCCUGUCACAGCUGGCCAACCUCAAGAUCCAGAGCCCAGACGACCAUGGAGAAGAAAGCAUCAACCUGAAUGAAAAAGUUUCCCUCCCCUCCUGUAAUGAGGACCUUAAGGAAAAACCACUGCGUCCCGAAUGGAGCGAGAAGAUGGGCAAUGCAAUUUUGUCAGGAUCCACAAAAUUCAGUAAGGGUUUUGCAAAAAAGGCAAAGUCCACAAGCACGUCCAUUCAUAAACAAGGAGCCAAGAUCCGAGACAACAUUGAACCUGCAAAGACUCCAACAAAGGUCAGUCCCCACAUCACCCAAGGUCUCAAUGCGGCUGAAACAACCUCCCGUGGAGCUUUGGAAGUCAGUCGCUUCUUGGUGGGUGGUAUGAAUGCAGUCUCAGGACAAGCAGGAAAAUUGUUGGCCCCACAAGUCCAAAAGCACGGAGCCAAACUUGUACCUAAGACAAUGAAGGACAGCCGCGAUGGCCGUGCUUCCAAUGCUGAUGGUGCUAAGUUUGUAGCGGUCAACAGUGCAAAAGGUUUCUCUGCUGUUUGGACCAAUUUGAAGACAGGAGCAAAAGAUGUUUGCAAAAGUGUUGCAACUGAGACUGUUGCAACUGUAGAAUACAAGUAUGGUGAAGAUGCAGGACAAGCGACAGACACGGCUCUUAAAACAGUGGGAAAUGCUGGCUUGGCUGCAUACAACUUUGACCGUCUAUCCAUAGGAAGACUAAUGUUAUCUACCGCUAUGAGCACAGCUGAGGAAAUGGUUGACGAAAACGACAGACAGCCGACAGGAAGCUGAAGGAAGGGUGCUCCACAGACAGUAUGCACAUGUGCAAUGGGCCAGGAGAAAGGUGGAGAAGGAGCAACACAACAUCUAUGAAAUGAGAAGAAGCAGAAGCAAAAUGUGGAGCAUCAAGCUGUGGAUGAUGACACAAAAAAGCUCUGUUCUACAAAUGUUUUUAUCAAUGAAAUGAAUGUCUAACAUUAGUUAUCUAAUGGGGCAUCUGUGUCCAUCAAACACUCAGAAUACCAUGCCUGUCAUCUGUUUUGUUAUUUAAGGUUACUCAUUUAACAAGAUUUUUUUAACUGUACUAUGUAAAUUUAGUACCAAUGUAGUAUCCACAGUAUUUCUGAAAAAUUGGUCAAUCAGUUGCUACUCUGGUGGCAAAAAUGAUGCAUCUUGGUGAUGCUUUUGAAAACUUCUCAUGUGUUGCAUCUUUUCAAAGAUGUUAUAAAUGUUUCAUAUUUUACUGUCACUUAUUUGUUCUGCUAGUGAAAAAAUAAAUAAAAGAUCAGCCUUUUUAAAUGUGUAUAUCACAACCAA